ACGGCAGACACUCUGAGAGGCUACCCAUAGGUGGCAGCCAGAUCUUCUUCCCACAGACACUUGCCUGCCCCCAAUGCAGCCUGUGAAAUGCUCUCUGUCUCUGUCAAGAGGAGCCAGAGGACAGCCUCUUGGUAUAAAUGUUAAGCCUACUCUUCCAUCACGUCAAGGUUUGUGCUUGUUGGUUUUGUGGUGACUUGACACAAGCCAGAGUUUCUGAGGAGAGGAGCCUCAACUUGGAAAAUUCUUUAAUAAUUGGCUUACAGGCAAGCCUGUGGGGCAGGCAUUUUCUUGGUUAGUGAUAGAUGUAGGAGGGUCCAACCCACUAUGGGCCAUAUCAUCACUGGGCAGGUAGUCCUGGGUGUAUAAUAAAUCAGGCAGAUCAAGUCACAGAGAGCAAGCCAGCAAGUAACACUCCUCCAGGGCCUCUGCAUCAGCUCCAACCUCCAGGUUCCAUCCCUACUUGAGCUCCAACUUCUGGCAGGGAUAGAGUGUGACCUGAGAGUUGUCCCUUCCUCCUGAAGUUGCUCUUGGCGGUAGCAUCUAGACUCCCGCCCACCCUCUCAACUGGCAGAGGCUGGCUUUUCUCUGUGGUUCCCUACACGCACACCCCACAUACCACCACUCUGCCACUAGCUGGGCUAGGGGUGUGUGGCUAUGGAGUGUGGCUCAGUGGUAGGGAAUUUGUCUUUGAUGACCUGGGUUUCAGCCUUGCAUUACAGAAAAGUUGUUAGUUCCCUUAUGCACCAAAUUUUGACAGUUGAAAAGUAUUAACCCAAUCAUUUUCCCACAGUGCUGGCUCUGUGGUCAUCAGGGGCCAGCAACAAUUCUGCUCUCCCUGGCUUUCCACAGCACAUGUGGAUACAUUGCUGCUCUUGAGGCUCCUCCCUGGGAAGACCCAGGUGUGUCUGGUCCUUCCAUCUUCCAGCCUUCAGAGAGCCCCCCACACACACACACCAGCAUCAUGUAGAGGGAGAACACAGAACAACAUGAGUAAACCAGGGUUUUGUUUCCAGAAAAGCCCAAUUUAGUUUAAGACAGGUCAGUGUGUCACACAGAUAAUAAUCAAAUAUACUUCUCCUUCAACCACUUUGAUGGAAUAUUAAACAAUAGGAAGGAGUAGGGUUUUCGCUGUAUUCUUAAGACCCCACAUGUAUUCAACCCUUGACAUUCUGAUUUUGUCAUGUAAGGGGUAGAAUGACUGUGCUGACAUAAGCCAUGACUUGGAUGAAUUUUUUCUGGGUAGAGAAAAAAAAAAUUGCAGAGGUGUGCAAAUUGGAGUUCUUCCUUCUCGGCUCAGCCUUGGCAAGUCACCAGAACUCUAGAGUCUCCACCGGCGACUCAAUCACUUAUGCAGUAACACCGUAGCCUGGCAUUACCUGUCACUUUGGUGUACUCUAGGCAGGGACACAUUCACUGGGGACAGCACAGGGCUGAGCUACCUUUUGUCCCCAGGAUCUGUAAUAAGUCGAUGCUAGAUGCUUUCAAAUCCCAAAGAAUGUUUUGUUUUGAAAAGUGAAGCUAGUGAGCCUCCCUCUGGUGCUCCCAGGCAAUACCCACAGGCCUGGCAGAGGAGAGAUAGGAGAUUCUGGCCAUCCUGCCACCCUGUGGCGGGCCCCCAGAACACCAUCGCGGGGGAGGGGCUAAGAAUGUUUAUCACUCCCAUGGCAACUGCAGCCUUGGCUUGAAGCUGGUGACAAGAAGCGUGAUGGCCAAGGAUCUGGAGCCCAAUUGUAAGUUGUCUGCCUCCCUUUUUGUGUUUGCCUGGCUUAGUUGGUGCUUGACUGCCCGGGAAAGGCCACCGUUUCUCAGAAGUGGUUUUGAAAGUUAAAACCUUUCUGGUGACGACACCAAUAUCCAGAGGCAGAGGUCACUCAUGGAAAGUUGGUAGAGGUGGUGGCACCAAGUAGGUUACAAGUCUGAAGGCCCAGUGCCCAGCAAACCCCCAUAUCCACACCCACUGAUGGGAAGGACAGUGAGUGGAUGCUGGCUCCACUGCAGAUGUUCCUUGGGGGCAUCAGAGGCUAACUGAUACAGUCUCAGUUGUGCCUAGUCAGGUUAGCCAGAGAGCCAGACACUCCUCUCGAUGGUCAUGCAACUGCUUACAGAGGACUCCCAGCUAUGACAAGUGAUGGCUAUAGGUCCAUCCUGGCUUGCUUAGACUGAAGCCCCUCAAGUCUAAGGCAGGCCUGACCCACUACCUGGAGCCUGAAUCUCUAUGGCUGUGGGGACAAGAGAGACCCCAACCUUGCUGAUGGGUGAUGUUUGGACAUUUAUUUCCCAGGACCUUCCUAGAAGAUUGUGCCUCUGGCUUUAUAGACAUCUUUGGACUCUGCUCUCAUGGUAGAAAGUGUAGCCUUGCAGAUCUGCACCUGGUCCUACUUGAAUAUUUAUUAGGGGACAUUAAACAAGAGAAGGGACUGUUGGAGGACUGUUUACUAACCGUAUUAUGUGAGGUGAUUAGCCUUAUAUUCAGAGGGAGAAUGCUAGUUCAGAGAGAUGAGGUGACAGGUCAGCAUCCAUAUACUUAGGACUGUUUGGAGUCCAAGCCUCCCCAGUGAUCCUGGGGGCUCCCCAGGGCAUGGUGUCUUAGAUUGGAUUCUCAGAGUCCUCCCACCAAGGCACAAGGAGCAGAACCUGUCAACAUAGUCAUGGGAGAGGAAAACAAGAAGAGCUGGCCAGUCACUAGGGGCUGGGUGCAUGGACCUUCUUGACAUUAUCUAGCCCAGUGGUUCUCAACCUUACUGAUGCUGUGACCCUUGAAUAAAGCUCCUCAUGUUGGGGUGAACCCCAACCAUAAAAUUAUUUUCUUUGCUACUUCAUAACUGUAAUUUUGCUACUGUUAAGAGUCGUAAUGUAAAUAUCUGUGUUUUCUGAUGGUCUUAGGCGGCCCCCGUGAAAGUCAUUCUACUCCUAGGGGUCACAACUCACAGGUUGAGAAACACUGCUUUGGUACCAGUCCGGAAGAAUCAAAUAAGUAGCCCGUGUUUACUCCCUGGCAUGUCUUAUGAAGUGCUUUUUAAAGUUGACUUUUCAUCCUUAACAAGAAAAAUUGGAAUCACAUGUAAAAUUUGCCUUCUGGGAGUUUUGCUUCUACUGUAAGCAACUGUGUGUCAAGUUAAAGCACCUCGUGUACUUCCUGGUUGUCAAUCCUCCUUUCAUUUCAUUUACUGAAAUAACAAUACCCUGACAAAAACAAGUUUAAGGGCUAAAGGGUUUUCUGGGCUUACAGUUCCGGGCAACACCUCUGAAAGUAAGGGGGCAGGAACUUCAAACAGCUAGUCACAACAUACCUACAGUCAAGAGCAGAGGAGAAGAAAUGCACACGUGUUUCAUGCUCCUUGUGCUUCCUCAGUGCCUACAAAGUCUGAGCCACCAAGAGUGGGGAAUGGUGUUCCCUGUAGUGGGCUGGUUUUUCUUGUAUCGGUUAAGGUCAUGAAAACAACCUGGGACAAAUAUGCCCUCAAAAUGAGCCUGAUCUGAACCAUCCCUUCUUAAGAUACCCUUCACAGGUGAUUCUGUUGUGUCACACUGACAAUUAGAACCACCCAGCAUGUUGCCCUUGAAGGGUUGUGAGUUCUAUGCCUAUAAGAGCACCUGGGGUGUGCCCACGGCUACACCUGAGAUGACCACAGAUGUGUUUGACUUGUAAGGACAGAGCUGGGUGCUAUUUUCUCAUCCUCUUUGAAGACCACUCUUUUCUAGGACAGGCAUGCAACAGGGCUGCUUUCCCAUGGGCACAGGGGGUGAGCUCACAGUUGUGUUUUCUCUUCUGAGCAGUUUAUCUGAAGUGGAAUCACUGUGAGACACCUGGAGUUAAGACUCUCUGCAACCUGAGGGAGCUCCUGAACCGACUCCAGAAGGUCCACAGAGAUGAUGUCUAUGUCUACACCUCUGGGUACCUGAACCCCAACAAGCUCUACAAGCCAACCAAGGCCAUUGCCAAGCACUGGCGCAAUGCAAACAGGCCAAGGAAGCGAACCAAGGCCUUCCCAUUCUCUGUGUCCGGAGACGAACAGACAGCAGAGAUGAGAGAUGCGUGGGCUUAUUUCACAAUCAACACAGCUCUGCAACCUGACUACACUCUCAACACACCACUGUUCAGGUAUUUGAACCCACAGUUGGCCACUUCCCCUGAUUCCAAAGAGGUUUCGAAGUUCCCAGAGGAGGACGAGGAUGAAAUAAGGGAAAGACAUGAGAUUUAUCUGGGAAGACACAGGAAGGAAGAGCUCAGCCUGCCCCUGAUGAAAGUGCUCAAAUACCCAGAGGUGGCAUCCAGCCGCCAGUGUUCCAGGCCUGCCUCAGGCAGGGAUGUGUAUCAGUAUGUCAGCUCCUAUUUAGCUGGUAUAACAAAAGCUGACAGAUACAAGAAGUUCCUGAGUUUCCAAAAAGAAGUGUUGGCAAAGGAAGAUGUCCCGAAGAACGAUUUCACAGGGAGCAAGGUGGCCGUGAAUCACGAGAAGAAACUGAAGGAGGAGCUUGAGAAGAUAUGCACCUGCAACCCUCAGCAGUUCAACAGGCUGCAGGUCUUUGGGGAAAUCUUUGAGGAUAUUUGCAACAGCUCUUUGAUCUUUGGGGACCUCCUGAAGGAGGUUAAGGAUGAAUAUGAACUCUACAUGGCGGCUCUUCUAGACUCACAGCCCACAGCACAGUAUAAGCGGCUACUGGCUGAAGUCAAGGGGUUGGAGAAGAGCCCUGUGCACAGCACAGACAUUGACCAAGCCAGGGAGAGGCUGAGGAAGCUCCAACAGGCUGCUGUGGCCGCCCUGCAGCACAAUAACAGACUCAGAAAUGAACUGGAGUCAGAGAGCGUGUUGUUGCAAUCUGCUAAAGAAAAAUCAGAAUCUUUUCAUAGAAGCAGAAAUGAUGAGGACAAACUCACCCUGAUUGAGAAGGUUGAGAAGAGGAGAUGUGAAAUCAUGGAAAAAUGGGAUGAAAUUAAAGCACUUGAAAAACACAUUAAGGAAACAAUGGUGCAUUCCAGAGUGUCGGAUAUCACAGAGAAUGGGAUUAAAAGUGUAGAGAAUGAAACUAUAAAAUUGGAAACAGCAAACAGAAUCUUAAGGAAGAAAAUAAAAGCUAUCGACAACCAUGUCAAGCAGCUCGUAAAAAAGAGUAAGAUGGAAGAAGAAGAGAGGCAGGUUCUGUGGGAUCUCAUGAAAGAAUAUACAGAUUUAGAAGAUGAAGAAGACGACUCUCGAAUUUUUGGAAAAUGACACAGGGAGUCUUCACUUCCAAGUCCACCACCUGGAUAGGACAAUGGAGAUGUUUCUUUUGUUCCCACUCUCCUGCUAAUAACAUUAGUGUAGGAUUUGCAGCCUCCUCAGUGUGUUGAUAGAUGCAUGCUUCGUGUGAUUUGUUUGACUACUUUAUGUGCGCCCUGGUCCUUCAUCUUUUAUUCAGCAGCUUUCUGCUUCACAAAUCACUUUGAAUAUUUAUCAAGAAUGAAGAUUUAACUCUGCCGUGAUGUAGACCAGCCCUAUCUAAAGUGCAUUUAAUACAAUAAAUGUCUCACACCCCU